CCUCAGCACAGCAACAAAUCGUUGCAGCCCCAAUAUAAAGGCCAGGAAGAAAUAGAGAACAAACAGACGUUAGAGACAUGCUCUGAACUCAAACACCCAAUUCUUAUCCCUCCAGUCCCUCUAACCAAGGCGACUCGUGUCCGCCAAGGCACACGGCAGUUGCCCCAAACUAACGAUGCCGUAGCCCGUAGCCGCCUCCACAGUGAACAGUUCACACCCUAGCGACCACGGGCGGAGCCGGCCAAAUGCAAGCUCUUCCACCGCGCGCAUCUGCAGCACAACCAUAGUCGCCGCGCACCGCCCAGGCUCUACCACCGUCAAAUCGACGGCCAUAAAAGAAAGGCGGAACAAAAGAGGGACAGGCUAACAAUACAUCUCGUCACUGAGGAUCUGGAUGAGAGCAAUUCCUUAUUAGCAAUUCCAUAUCUAUAUGAGCACUUGGCAGUUGGCAAGUUACAAGGAUCCUCUUUUCCCUUCUUGCUGGAAAAAACGAUCCAAAAGUCCAAAUCAACCAGCCAAAGUUUGCAGGAUUUCCAGUUUGAUCAAGCAACGGAGGUAGAGUGACAAGAGAAUGGCAGAGACUGCAAUUCUUCUAGCCAUAAAGAAGAUAAGUAUAGCUGUGGCAGGAGAAAUGUUAAGCCUGUCAAGACCCAUUAUUGCAAAAAAAUCUGAACUAGUCGUAGCACUUCCGACUAACAUGGAAUUGGUGAAGGAUGAACUUGAGAUUAUAAAUGCAUUUCUCAAGAAAGUUAAAACUCGGGAUUGCCGUGAUAAUGUCUUGGAAACUUGGAUAACCCAAGUCAGGAGGUUGGCAUAUGACAUUGAAGAUAUUGUGGAUCAGUUCAUAUAUGUUGUUGGUGAACACCAGGGUAAGGGAUUCUGGGGUAAUUUAAAGAAAUUUGUCAAGAAACCAGAGUCUUUGUUUUCAUUGGAUAGGGUUGCUACUGAGGUUGAAAAGGUAAAACUGAAGCUCAAGGAACUGUCAAGUAGGAGAGACCGCUGGGUACAAUCAACGAUUUGCAGACCCGAUGCUGAGAUACCAAACUAUGACGAUGAACAAGGAGUGUACCAAUUCAGGCAUAGCCAAGUACCAGAUUAUGACGACAAUGAGCUUGUAGGUGUUGAUGAAUACAGAGAAACCCUCACAAAGCUAUUGUACUCUGAACAUUGUUCUCUGCGCAUUGUUGCUGUUUGUGGUAUGGGUGGCUUGGGCAAAAGUUGUCUUGUUUACAAUGUCUUCAAGAGAGAGCGGUCUCAUUUUGAUUGCUCUUCAUGGAUUUCUGUAUCACAGUCAUGCAAAAUGGAUGAUAUCUUCAGAAAUAUGUUGAAUCAACUACUUGGCGACAGCAGCGAAGUAAACUACGACACAUCAAGGAUGGGCAUUGAGGUAUUGAAAGAAGAGUUGAAGAGAUUUCUGGAGGACAAGAGUUACAUAAUUGCAUUAGAUGAUAUAUGGAGAGCUCCAGUUCUUUUGGAAAUUAGAGAUACCCUUUUUAAUAGUGGCAAGGGAAGUAGAUUAAUCAUUACAACUAGAAUCGAUGAAGUAGCUGCAAUUGCUGAAGAUGCCUGCAAGAUCAACCUUGAGCCUCUAAGCAAGUAUGAUGCAUGGAUUUUAUUUUGCAGAAAGGUAUUCUGGAAAACAGAAAAUCAUGCUUGCUCCCCGGAAUUGCAGAAGUGGGGUGAAAAGAUAGUCAAUAAAUGUGAAGGUUUGCCAUUAGCUAUUGUUGCAUUGGGGAGCUUACUAUCACUAAGAGAUAAAACAGAGGCAGUUUGGAAAUGUUUCCAUAGCCAAAUAAUUUGGGAGUUGCAGAACAAUCCAGACAUAAGUCAUGUGGAGUGGAUCUUGAAUUUAAGUUACAGGCAUCUGCCAAAUCAUUUGCAGAACUGUUUCUUAUACUGUGCGAUGUUCCCGGAAGAUCAUCUCCUUCGGAGGAAGAAGCUGAUCAGAUUGUGGAUCGCAGAAGGAUUUGUUGAACAAAGAGGAUCAAUCAGCUUAGAGGAGGUUGCUGAAAGUUAUCUCAUAGAACUCGUCCAUCGGAGCAUGCUUCAAGUGGUAGAGAGGAACAGUUUUGGCAGGAUUCGACGUUUCCGGAUGCAUGAUCUUGUACGUGAACUAGCCAUUAAAAUGUCCGAAAAAGAGAGUUUCAGUUCACUUCAUGAUGAUACUUCUGGAGUUGUACAGGUAGUGUCAGAUUCUCGUCGUGUGUCGCUGAUCCGAUGCAAGAGUGAAAUCACAUCAAACCUAGCUUCAUCGAGGCUUCACACUUUUUUGGUUUUUGACACAACCAUGCUUCAAUGUUCAUGGUCUUGUUUUGUUCCACCCAAAUCUAAAUAUCUUGCAGUGCUGGACUUGUCAGGCUUGCCCAUUGAGGCUAUCAGCAAUUCGAUUGGGGAAUUGUUCAAUCUUAAAUAUUUGUGCCUCAAUGAUACUAACCUGAAGUCACUCCCAAAAACUAUCACCAGACUUCACAAUUUAGGGACCUUAAGUCUUGAAAGGACUCAGGUAACAAGUUUUCCAGAGGGGUUUGCAAAAUUGAAGAAACUGAGGCAUGUACUUGUCUGGAAAUUACUGUACAAUGAGCACUCAAGUUUCAGUAACUCCUUGGGUAUGGGAACAAUUGAAGGUCUUUGGAAUUUGAAGGAAUUGCUUACUUUGGAUGAAAUUCGGGCAAAUAAAAAAUUUGUCAGUAGGCUAGGGUAUUUGGCCCAACUAAGGAGCCUUUACAUUUCGGACGUAAGGAGUAACUAUUGCUCAGAAUUGUGUUCUUCACUAUAAAAAAUGCAACACCUCUUGAGAUUACAUGUGAAAGCAAGCAAUCAAGAUGAAUUGCUCAGGCUGGAAUCUUUGCAAUUGCCUCCUGAACUCCAAACACUUCAGUUGACAGGGAAGUUGACAGGAGGAGUGCUGAAAUCUCCAUUAUUGUUCUCAGCUAAUGUAAAUUCCCUUGUCAGACUGAGUUUAUGCUGGUGCGAUCUUACAGAAGACCCAAUCCCAUAUCUCUCCAAGCUAUCAAAUUUAACAAGUUUAAAUCUUCGGAGAACACCGGUGCAGGGGUCCCACAUGUUGGCAAAGCUUGUGCGGUGGUGGAGCAUCGGUGCGCCAGCCGUGCCUUUGUUGGUCUAGUGGCGGUCGGCCACGCUUAGCGGCGGCCGAUCCGGUACUAGCCUUCUCCUGGGCGUGUGUGUUGGCGAUGUCGUCGUGUGGGUGGUGGUAUUUUUUUCUUUUCCUGGUUACGACUCUCCAGGGUUAUAAUCUUAUACUUUUUUUCCUGCUCUAUCAAUAGAACUUCGCACCGUCUCGUGCGAGUCGUUCAAAAAAAAAAAAUCUUCGGAGAACAUAUAAUGGGCAUCAACUAAGGUUCCAUGCAGCCUUGUUCCCAAAGUUGAAGGGGAUGACCUUGCAAGACAUGGUAGAAGUUAGAGAGAUUUACAUGGAUGAGGGAACAUUGAUCAGUCUUGAGUAUCUAAAACUUGAUGGUCUCAAACAACUUGCCCAUGUUCCUGAUGGUAUUGAGUUUCUCAUCCUUAAAGGAGGUAUAUUUUUGGACCUUACAUGCUCAUUUCAGGGGAAAUUUACAAGAAAGUGCUAGAAUGGGAAGACUAAAUCAUAUAUCAGCCAUGAACUUGCGGUAAAACAAGGCAAGUAAAGCUCCAUAACCAGUUAACCACUUCUGCCUACUAUAUGCAUGAGGUAUGGCCGCACGGUACUACGGAGACAACACACAUAGGCUGUACAAACCAGGAUCAAAGUUUGGUGGUGAUUCCCUCAAAAAAAAAAUGGUGCUGAUACUUUAUGACAAUUUAUGUUCUUGUCCUUGACCAUUUAUGUGCUUCAUUAAUAGUCAUUAUUACCAACUUACCGAAAUGUAGUUACUGGGGCCAAUCUUCUCUAGUGAUCAGUUGGGUCAGUACGUUAAGCCAUUGGGCCCAUUUGAUUUUGAGAAAACAAAACAUUAAAAUUUUAUAGGAUUAAAAUCGUAUAGAAAAAUUUCAUAUGAAAACCUUUGAAACAAUCAUAUCCUAUCCUUUAAAAUUCUGGAAUUUUGAAGAAAAUUUAGUAGGAGCUCCAAUCUUUUACAAAUUUUCCUUUGAGUAUCUCUCGUUCAAUUCCUAUGUUUUUCUUGUGAUCAAAUCAGACGGUCAUUCAUGUGUUUUGCAAUCGUCUGUUUUACACUUGUAUUUCUAUUAGAAUCUUACGUUUUUAUAUUUCUUCAUUUUUCCAUUCCUACGAUUCAAAGGUCCCGAAGAUCUCAAGCACAAGUUGAAAAUUCAUUUUUAUACGGAGAUGAUGAUCACCAUGACAUGGAUCAUAUGGAAGCGUUCUAUAUUUCGGUUCAAAAUUUCUGCAACGUUGGUUCCUUUGAUCCCUUUGCCCGCCCCUCUCCCUCGCAAAUUUUGUUUAAAUUCAGUCAAUUUGCUCAAUGUUUGAAAAGUUGACGAAACCAAUUUUCUAAAGUUUCAGUUCUAUUGAUCGACCCAAAAUGGUUUUGCUUUCCGCAAUAUGGAAUCCAUGCAUAAGGAUCACGCACAAGAAACAACAAAUUCUUCAUUCAUCGCAACCCAGCAACAUAAGCGCGCAUAGACUUUCAAAUAUGAAUUAGCCAUUGUUAUAAAUCGGGCAAAGAAAAAUACACCCCGAACACUACCUCGGUUCUCAAAUAGAUGGCUUUUAAAAUGCGUCUAGUUAAACAUACAAAAAGCAGGUUGUCAGCAAAUGUAAAAAAAAAAUCAUAUCAGAAGUUGAAAAUAGUAGUUGUAAUAAAAAUAUUUUUAUCUAAAUAUAAUUUAUAAUUAUAAAA